CAGGAGGACACAGUAGUCAUGCUAGGGCCUGUUUUGAUCACAUGAUGAGGUGGAGAAUAUAUUGCUGCUACUUCUGCUCUUACCUCUACACAUAAUCUAAAAUGGCAUGCAUUGCAAACUCAAAGUCUGUAGCUUUCUUCAAAGGCAGGUCUAGCAGUGACAUGGCUGCUGAUGACAAGUCCUCGUCUUCAUCCUCAACGGACUGGAGCGUCGAGCCGCCUGUCAUCUCGCCCACCAGCCCCUCCCACCUGACCCACUUCAAACCACUGACUCCUGAGCAGGAUGAGCCUCCCCUCCGCUCCGCAUACAGCUCAUUUGUCAACCUGUUUCGUUUCAACAACAAAGAGGAGGGACGUCCUCCGUCAACGGUUUCAGAGAAGCCAGAUGUGCCAUCCCCUUCUCCUCAAUCAGAGAGGAGAAGCUGGUCCUCCAGUCCUUCCCACUCCCUCUACGGUUCGAGGGUGCUCCGGAAACAGCACCCAGACCACCUCCGACGUACCUCCACUGCCUCCGUGGAUUGGCCAGACGGCAGCAGAAAAUCAGAUACCCCUCUAAGCAAUCAUGACCCUCGCACAGCUGUGCAACUUCGCACUGCACUGAAGAGGCUGAAGGAAAUAAUGGAGGGAAAGAGCCAGGACAGCGAUCUGAAGCAGUACUGGAUGCCAGAUAGCCAGUGUAAAGAGUGUUACGACUGCAACGAAAAGUUCACCACCUUCCGCCGCCGCCACCACUGCCGACUGUGUGGCCAGAUCUUCUGCAGCCGCUGCUGCAACCAGGAAAUCCCCGGAAAGUUCAUGGGCUACACGGGAGACCUGCGGGCCUGUACGUACUGCCGUAAGCUAGCACUAAGCUACGCUCACUCAGCUGACUCGGGCUCCAUUGGAGAGGACCUGAGCGCCUUGUCUGAUUCUUCCUGCUCUGUGUGUGUUUUGGAGCCCAGCGAGCCUCGGACACCUGUGGGUGGGCGUAAGGCCAGCAGGAACAUCUUCCUCGAGGAGGACCUUACUUGGCAGAGAAAAACUCCUAUUGGGAUGAGAAAGAAUAUGAUUCACCAGGAACCUCAGAACAGUGGCCUCAGUUCCAGACUGACAACGCUACAAGACGAUGUCGGCAAAUCACCUGCUAGGAAGAGGUCUGCCAGUGUGACCAACCUGACGCUGGACCGCUCUGGAUCUACCAUGGUGCCUUCCUACGACAGCUCAGUCAGCCCGCCAACCAGCCGAGCCAUGUCAGGCGCCAAGAGCGGCACCAAGCUGGACCACAGUGAGGAGGAGAGGAAGAUCCUACUGGACUCCUCCCAGCUAAAAGACUUGUGGAAGAAAAUCUGUCACAACAGCACGGGGAUGGAGUUCCAGGACCACAGAUACUGGCUGAGGACCUACCCCAACUGCAUUGUGGGAAAAGAGCUUGUCAACUGGCUGCUGAGGAAUGGCACCAUUUCCACCAGGGCCCAAGCUAUCGCCAUAGGCCAGGCAUUAGUGGACGGUCGCUGGCUGGACUGUGUCACUCACCACGACCAGCUGUUCAGGGAUGAGUAUGCUCUCUACCGUCCCCUCCAGAGUACAGAGUUCUCAGAAACACCGUCUCCGGACAGUGAUAGUGUCAACUCCCUGGAAGGACAUUCGGAGCCAUCCUGGUUCAAGGACAUCAAGUUUGAUGAUAGCGACACAGAGCAGCUCGCAGAUGAGACAGACUACAACAUGCCCAACUCUGCCAGCCCCAGCAAGAGAACAUCUGUCAGCAGUUUCCAGUCAGCGGUGGACAGUGACUCAGCUGCCUCCAUCAACCUCAACAUGGAGCAAAACAAUGUCAACUUCCACAUCAAGAAACAGUCCAAGUAUCCACAUGUGCCUCCUGCCACUGAGCAGAAAGCUGAAUUUCUUGUGUCUGAGGAUGGAGGACAGAACAUUGUCAUAAGUGAUGCCUUCAUCAAGGAGUCUCUGUUCAACCGUCGUGUGGAGGAGAAGGCUAAAGAGAUGCUGUUUACUCCGUUGGGUUGGCACCACAGCUCUUUAGAUCAGCUCCGAGAGGAGAACGGAGAGAGGAAGGCCAUGGAGAGGCUGCUCUCGGCCAACCACAGCCACAUGAUGGCGUUGCUGCAGCAGCUGCUCUACAGUGAGUCUCUGUCUCUGUCCUGGCGGGAUAUCAUCGUCCCUGUGGUUCGACAGGUGGUCCAGACAGUACGGCCCGACGUUCGCAACUGCGAUGACGACAUGGACAUCCGCCAGCUGGUCCACAUCAAGAAGAUUCCUGGAGGCAGGAAGUUUGACUCAACGGUGGUAAACGGCUUCAUAUGCACCAAGAACAUCGCCCACAAGAAGAUGAACCCCCACAUCAAGAACCCCAAAAUUCUGCUGCUGAAGUGCUCCAUAGAGUAUCUGUACAGGGAGGAGACCAAGUUUACCUGCAUCGACCCCAUUGUGCUACAGGAGCGAGAGUUUUUGAAGAACUAUGUGCAGCGCAUAGUAGAUGUCCGUCCAAACCUGGUAUUAGUGGAGAAGACAGUGUCUCGUAUUGCUCAGGACAUGCUGCUAGAGCACGGCAUCACACUGGUCAUCAACGUCAAACCGCAAGUCUUGGACAGGGUGAGUCGUAUGACCCAGGGAGACCUGGUAAUGUCCAUGGACCAGCUCCUCACCAAACCUCGUCUGGGAACCUGCCACAAGUUCUACAUGCAGCCCUUCACCCUGGCCAACAAUGAAGUGAAGACUCUGAUGUUCUUUGAGGGCUGUCUUCCUCAUCUUGGAUGCUCCAUCAAGCUGCGAGGUGCUGCAGAGUACGAGCUGGCCAGGGUGAAGGAGAUCAUCAUGCUGAUGGUGUGUGUGGCCUACCACUCCCAGCUGGAGAUCUCUUUCCUCAUGGACGAGUUUGCCAUGCCGCCCAGCUUGGCCCAAAGCACCUCGUUCCCCUGCCUGCUGGAGGUCGCCUCCGCAGACGAGGAGGCAGAUGGAGAGAAGAGAAGGAAAGAGACAAAUGGAGAGAGCCAGGAGAAAACUGCAGGGAUUGAAGGAGGACAACCUGAGGAGGAAGGGCUUCCCUCUGAGUCGUCAUCCAAAAAUGGAAAUAUAGAACCUCUCCAAGACAAACAGAGCCCUAAAUCAAGCUCCUCUGUUCAAGAGGAGGAGGCUGGUAACACAGAGACAAUGACCUCCUCGCCAAUUUCCAGUCCCCCUGCACCGCCUUUGUUUGUCUCUCCUCCGUUCCUCCUCAUAGAGGAAGACAAGGAGAUGGGCUCAGACACUCUCAUCAGGGUGUCUGUGGGGGAGACAGGGGAAGAGGGAAGCCUAGUGAAGGAGGGGUCACUUGGUAUGGAGGAUGGGGAAGGUUCAGAGACACUUACUCCCAGGUUCCAAGACCCUCUGCAGGAUGAUACGGGGAUGUUUGUGGCCGAGCAGGUGACUUCAUCUGAUGACCAUCUGAAGUCCAUCUCUGCUGUCUUCAAGCAGGAGCUUAAGGACAUCAUCCUGUGCAUUUCUCCCUUCAUUACAUUUAAGAAACCAUUCCUUCUCACGCCUGCUGGCAUGCACUGCCCCAGCAGGGAUUACUUCCCAGAAAAGGUCUACCUAUCUCCUCUUCUUAACAAGGACUUCAAGGAACUGGAUGGGCGCAGAAAGCGGCAGCUCCUUAAAGACUCUGCCCCCUCCUCCCUGGUUAUUGGACAGACCAAUGGCGGCCCACAGCCGAAGCCCAUCGACGUCCUGCCCUCCCACAAUCUUACCGGCACCCGCAUUAUAGAGCAGCUGAACAGCAGCCAGGAUCUGGCCAAGAUGCUGGCAGACUACAGAGCAAAGGGAGGUCGUAUCCGGCAAAGGGAAGCCACCGACCCCUUCUGCGCUGCCAAUACUGCAGCUCCUGUCAGUGGCCAGAGCAGGACGGGGGACGCUACAGUGAAGCCACCAGUGAAGACUGACAGUGAAGAGGAGAAGCCAAGCAAACAGAAUGAUAUGAGCUGGGCUCCAAAGCUGGACUGUCUGAACCCUGUCAACCAUCAGAGACUGUGUGUGCUCUUCAGCAGUUCAUCAGCUCAGUCCAACAACGCGCCCAACCCCUGCGUCAGCCCAUGGAUUGUCACAAUGGAGUUCUAUGGCAAGAAUGACCUCUCUCUUGGCGUGUUCUUGGAGCGAUACUGUUUUAGGCCGUCUUACCAGUGCCCCAGUAUGUUCUGUGAGACUCCCAUGGUGCACCACAUCCGUCGGUUUGUGCACGGCAGCGGCUGUGUGCAGAUUGUGUUGAAGGAGUUGGACUCCCCUGUGCCUGGUUAUCAGCACACAAUUCUCAACUACUCCUGGUGCCGCAUCUGCAAACAGGUGACACCAGUGGUGCCUCUCUCCAACGACUCGUGGUCCAUGUCUUUUGCCAAAUACCUGGAGCUUCGCUUCUACGGCCACCAGUACACUCGGAGGGCUAAUGCGGAGCCCUGCGGACACUCCAUCCACAAAGACUACCACCAGUACUUCUCAUACAACCAGAUGGUGGCUUCCUUCAGCUACACUUCUGUAAGGCUGUUGGAGAUUUGUCUUCCUCGUCCCAAGCUCUUCAUCAGGAACCUGGGGCCUUCUAAAACCAACCUUCAGCAGGACCUGAAGGACUUCUCUCAAAAAGUGACUCAGGUGUACUUGGCCAUAGAUGAUCGCCUCACCUCCCUCAAGACCGACACCUUCAGUAAGACGCGAGAGGAAAAGAUGGAGGACCUCUUCGCUCAGAAAGACAUGGAGGAGGCAGAGCUGCGGAGCUGGAUCGAGAAGCUUCAGGCGCGACUACAGGCCUGCUGUCUGGAUUCUCCUCAGCAGCUGCAGGUUGUUCUGGAGUCGUUGGUGAUGAAGAAACAGAGUCUGUGUGAGAUGUUACAGUCCUGGAAUGGCAGGCUGCAAGACUUGUUCCAGCAGGAGAAAGGCAGGAAGCGUCUGUCUGUCCCUCCCAGCCCAGGCAGGCACAGACAGACCACCACGGAAGACAGCAAGAGUACCCUGGAUUCCUCCCCCCGCAACCCCUCACCUGUGGUACAGAAUGGCGAGAAAGAGGACCGUCACCUCAGCACGCUGCCCUCAACCUCCUCCUCCAUGCUGCUGUCACCGGGAGAACCUGGAUCUGAACCAAUCACACCUGUUCCCUCUUUCACCGAGCAGGACUCUGUCAGCAUCCCAGAAGAUGUAUUUGACGGACACUUGCUGGGCUCCACUGACAACCAGGUAAAGGAGAAAUCCACCAUGAAAGCAAUUCUCGCCAACUUCCUGCCCGGCAACAGCUACAACCCCAUCCCCUUCCCGUUUGACCCGGACAAGCACUACCUGAUGUACGAACAUGAGCGGGUGCCCAUCGCAGUGUGUGAGAGAGAGCCGAGCUCCAUCAUAGCCUUCGCUCUCAGCUGCAAAGAGUAUAAAACAGCGCUGGAUUAUCUGUCCAAGGCAUCAAACGCAGGAGGGGAUGAGACUCCGCAGGUGGCCAGUGCUGGGGAGAGUCGGGCUAAGAGCAGCCCUGCCAGGCCCAGUGAGUCGGCCUCAUCCCAGCAGAGCCGCAGCAGCAUGGAUGAUCCUCUCAAGGAUGCAGACUUGGCAGAUAAACAGAAGAAACAGACCCUGAAUCCACAUGUCGAGCUACAGUUCUCUGACACCAACGCCAAGUUUUACUGUCGGGUCUACUACGCCGAGGAGUUUCAUAAGAUGCGUGAGGUGAUCAUGGAGAGCCCUGAGGAGGAUUUUGUCCGCUCGCUGUCCCACUGUGUCAACUGGCAGGCUCGUGGUGGAAAAUCUGGUGCUGUUUUCUACGCAACAGAAGAUGACCGGUUCAUCCUGAAGCAGAUGCCCAGACUGGAGGUCCAGUCCUUCCUGGACUUUGCACCUCACUACUUCACCUACAUCACCGGAGCUGUGCAGCAGAAACGGCCGACUGCGCUGGCAAAGAUCCUGGGUGUUUACAGGAUCGGUUACAAGAACUCCCAGAACAACACAGAGAAGAAACUGGACCUGCUCGUGAUGGAAAAUCUAUUCUAUGGACGCAAGAUGGCUCAGGUGUUUGACCUGAAAGGCUCCCUGAGAAACCGGAACGUGAAAACGGACUCGGGGAAGGAAAGCUGCGAGGUGGUUCUGCUGGAUGAGAACCUUCUGAAGUUGAUCCACGACAACCCGCUGUACAUCCGCUCCCACUGUAAGGCCAUCCUGCGGGCCGCCAUACACAGCGACGCCUACUUCCUCUCCAGCCACCUCAUCAUCGACUACUCCCUGCUGGUGGGGCGGGACGAUGCCACCGAUCAGCUGGUGGUCGGGAUUAUAGAUUAUAUCAGAACAUUUACCUGGGACAAGAGACUGGAGAUGGUUGUCAAAUCCACUGGAAUCCUUGGAGGUCAAGGGAAGAUGCCCACUGUGGUCUCUCCGGAGCUGUACAGAGCUCGUUUCUGCGAGGCCAUGGACAAAUACUUCCUGAUGGUACCGGACCACUGGACUGGCCUGGGCAUCAACUGCUGAGCGGUGCGUGCAUGUCCAAGGGCAGUAACACAAAACGGAAACACACUCACACUCUCCUCUCGGACUUUCUAUGCACAAAGACCAGUUUCCUGGACCGAGGCCUCAGUAUGUGAGCGCUGUUCAACCUACCUGAGACCCACAAGUACACUGGACGUUGUAAAUGUUUGAAUAUCGUGCAGACUAAAAGCUGACCAGUAUACAGCACAGUGUCAUUCCAUAGGACAAUUUAGAUCAGUUUUUAUCACUGGGGACCCAUUGGAGUAUUAUCAGAUUUGAAUUUAUCCCCCGCUGAAAUCCUGUUUCAUAGUGUUGUUAUUUUAUCAGUGCCAUGAGUCCAACUCUUUCAGGAGGACCCACUGAAAACAUUCAGUCUUGUGGUUAUAGUUUGGUGAACAAACUAAUUCAUGUAAUUUAAAAUUUGUAAAUGUACAGAGAUUAUGUAACUAUUAAAAGAUUAUUAACACUGA